GUGUGCAAAGAAUCUCGCACAGAUGAGUUCUUCUCGUGUCCGAAGUUGCGUCUAGUACUUCUCGUAAACAUGCGAUUCGUGUCUUGCGUUUUGGCGCUUGGUGCGGUUUUCUCAACAUCUUUGACGCUCGGAGCGGAAUUUGACGCCAAGGAUAUUGCAAAGUUAGCGGAUUUUCGAAAGGAUGAGAGUGCACGAAGUUUAGGGGCAAAACAAUCGUCACAAAUUCGUCAAAAGUGGGAACGAAGGAGAAGCCUUACGGGGUUGAAUGAUGAGACUUGCACGACUUUGGAUGGAGCCGAUUCAGUUCUUCAAAAUAACACGCAUACCUUCACGUUCAAAGUGCGGACCAUGGGCUCCCUGUCAUUGGCCUGGGUUGGAGAUGGAUCAGGGGUGCUGCUGGUGCUGACCACAUUUCAUGUCCCUUUGUUUAUGCUGCGUUUGGGACAGUCCAACCUCUAUAGAAGUGAAGAUUAUGGAAAAACAUUUGAAGACGUCACUCAUCUCAUCAACCACACAUUUAUACAGACUGAGUUUGGCAUCGCUAUCAGUCCUGACCACUCUGGCAAAGUGAUUCUGACUGGUGAUGUGUCAGACUUGGGAGGUUUUAAACUCUUUCGGUCACAUGACUUUGGUUUGACCUUUGAAGCGAUUGACUUGCCCUUCGAGCCCCUUAUUCAGAUGCUCUUUAACCCUGCGGACUGCGACGUACUCCUGACUCUCAGCAUCACGUUGGACCUGUGGCUGUCUGAGGACUUUGGCGCCACCUGGAGGAAGAUCCAUGACAGUGUUUGCUUGGUGCGAUGGGGCCCAAACAACAACAUUUUCUUCACCACAAACCAUAAUGGGUCAUGCAAUGACAAAGGGAUGCUGGAGCUCAGGAGGUCAUCUGAUUACGGCAGAAGUUUCAAAAUCAUCGCCACUAGAGUUUACUCCUUUGUUUUGGGUGGACGUUUUGUUUUUGCAUCGAUAAUGACUGGUUCGGGCACAGAGCGGAUGAUCCAUGUAUCUGUAGACGGUGGAGAUUUGUGGAACUCUGCUCAGCUUCCCACAGUGAACCACGAACAAUUCUACUCCAUUCUCUCAGCCAAUCAGGAGCUGGUGUUCAUGCACGUGGACGACCCUGGAGACUCUGGAGUGGGGACAGUCUAUGUAUCUGACGACAGAGGGACGGUAUUCUCAAAGUCUCUAGAGCGCCACCUGUACACAACCACCGGGAGUGACACGGACUUCACUGUGGUGUCUUCACUGAGAGGAGUCUACAUGACUAGUAUCCUCACUGAAGAUGGAGAGGUAGAGACAGUGAUCACGUUUGACCAGGGAGCAACAUGGCAGCCGCUGAAAAGCCCAGAGAACUGUGACUCUGAAGCAUCUGCUAACAGACCACACAGGUGCAAGCUCCAUAUCCACUCCACCUACAGCACCAGUCUGAAGCUCAAUGUACCCAUGUUACCGCUGUCCCAGUCCAAUGCUGUUGGACUCAUCAUUGCACACGGCAGUAUUGGAGAAGGGGAGUCCAUUUUGUCUCCUGAUGUUUACAUAUCUGAUGAUGGAGGAUAUUCCUGGUUCUUCGCUCUAAAAGGGCCUCAUCAUUAUGCCAUUCUGGACUAUGGAGGGCUCAUAGUCGCCGUGGAACACACCAACUCCCCUGUCAACCAAAUCAAAUACUCUGUAGACGAGGGUCAGUGCUGGCACUCCUUUAAUUUCACAUCAGAGCCAUUUCACUUCAGCGGUCUGGACUCUGAGCCUGGCUCCAGAUCCAUGAACUUGAGUCUGUGGGGCUACAGGAAUGACUACAGCCGCUGGGUCGUCAUCACCAUCGACCUGCGCAAGGUGCUCAGCAGAGAUUGUACAGAGGAGGACUUUGUGCCAUGGCUCUCUCACUCAGACCCCUCCGGACCCUCAGACCAAUGUGUUCUGGGGUUUAAAGAGACUUUUUUGCGUCUGAGAAAAGGAGCUGUUUGUUAUAAAGGCAAAGACUAUGAGACUGAGACUAAAAUUGCCCCCUGCCCCUGCACCCCCAAUGACUAUCACUGUGACUUUGGCUAUUACCGCCCGGACAACAGCUCCGAGUGUGUGGAGCAGGAGGAGCUGAAGGGACAACCACUGGAGUUCUGUUUGAAUGGGACCACAGAGCAGCUGCAGACCAGCGGGUACCGGAAGAUUCCUGGGGACCGUUGCAUUGGAGGGUUCCAGCCAGAAAGGAAAGAGACAGACCUGAAGAGGAAGUGCAUCAAUGACGCCCAGCAGCCAAAUGCUCUGCCAGUCUCCAGUUCCACCAACACUGCCCUCAUAGUUCUGGUUAUCAUAGCGAUUCUUCUGUCCAGCGCUGUCACUGGAGUUUGGCUUGUCAAAAAGUACAUUUGUGGAGGAAGGUUCCUCGUGCACAGAUACUCGGUGAUGCGGGACAACGUUGAAGCAAAUAAAAUCGAGGGAGUGGAUGAUGUGGACACAAACUACAUGGAGACGGGGAAAGCACAGUACAAUGAAGACUCAGAUCAGGACCUGUUAGCGUAGUACGGCAGAAUCUUAACUCCGGUCUACAGCUCCUGCGCACAUUAACAUCUGCUUUUGCUGUUCCUUUGGAGAAGACUGGACUGAAUGUUACUGUAUAAAGAAGAGGAGGAGGAGGCUAGGUGGAAAGUGGAUGGAGAGGUAGAGAAGAAUGGAGAGAAAGAGGAAGAAUGAAAAAAAACAGGGAGCUUCCAGGAUGAGCAGCAUAAAUGGUACAGAAGAGGGAGGGGCUUAAGGACAGAGCAGAGUAAAACCCUUUGGAGAUCUUUCUGUUUUUAUGUCAGAAACAGCUGAACAAUAUUGAAGCAGAGAACAACGACAAUAGUUUCCAUCUCCUUAUUUUUAAAGUGCAUUUUGAGGAUUUGCAUAAGUAGCAGGAGGUGGAAACAUCUAAAUAUCUCAUUUAGAACCCUGAAUUUGUAUAAAAAUGUAUACGCUUGAUUCAGGUGGAGUGUGAUUUAUGAGCAUAACAAGUGGAAACGCCAUCGAUAUUUUCAAGUCAUUACAUCAGGCAGUUUUAUUGAUGAUAGAAUUUUUUAUUUUUAUUUUUCUUGGAGGGGAAUUUUACCUUGUGUCCUGAUAUGAAUUUUAUUUCAAAAUGUUUAUUGACUUUACAGAACUUAUUUUCUGUUUUUAAAGAUGCACUGUGUAACUUUUCUGAUUAGAGGAUCCACUACUUGCUUGUCUCCUUAGUGAUGUUAUUGCUUUGCCGUCCUGUAUGGCAGUAAAAGUGUCCAUCAUGUUUUUCAACGUAUUUUUAGCUCUAAAAACACAGGUAUUUCAAAUUAUCAAUGGAUGGAUCUGUUUAAUACCAUACUGUGGAACAUUACAGGCAAAGCAAUAUCAUCUAGCAUAACAUCUUGAGACAAGCAAGCAGUGAACUCACCACUCGAAAAUGUACAUAGUUCAUCUUUUGUUUUAUUGAGUGUGGUAGACCUUUUAAUGUAUGAUUUUAGGUUAAAAAGGAAAUGCAACUUUUUAUGAAGCGUGAAAUGUGAUCCUCAUUCAUUUCCAGUCUUCCACUUGUGAAGAGUACAAUUUUUUUUCAGCACAGCUCCAGACUUUAGGUCCUGUCUCUGCUCCUUUUUGAGUGUGUGAACUUGAAAGACUUGAAUUUUUGCCAAAGCACUUUUAUUGUUUCUGAUUUUCGCGGUGAGGAAGAGAAAUGAAACUUAAACUCAGUCCAGUUUCACCGUAGUGUUUAAACCUUUACUUGAACUUUCUGCUUUUAACAAGGCCCAAUGUAGGCUAUAGUUGUGAGAGUAGCAAUUUAAGUUCUACAAAAUCAAUCGUUACAAUCAUAUCCUUUUUACACAUCUUGAAUAUUCAUUUGAAUGUUUUCAAUUUAACACCCUGGUAUUAACAUUAUUAUGUGUGGUGGGUAAAUACUGUAAUUGUAUUUAGACAAAUCACUGAUUAAUACACAGUUAUGUGCAAUAUUCCUUUCAGAAAGUGUCAAAACCUUCACAAUGCUCAAUGCUGUACAUGGAAAAAACUCACUUUGGUCACAUUAUCUAUACAACUUCUAAUGCUUCUAAAUGCAAAUGUUUAUAUCAUACAGCCUCAUUAUACUUAUUUUAGGGCAGAGCUGAAAGAUUUGAGGGAAAUAAAUGUAACUUUUCUGUCAUUUGAAAAACAGUUAGAAUAGAAUAUAUUUAUUGCCAUUGAACAUAAACAUCGGAGACAACAUAUAUACAACAACAUACAAAUACAAAUACAAGUAGCAGUAGCCCUUGUAAAAUACAGUACAUUAUAAAAUAUCAGUCAACUAUUAAUUUCUGUGACUAAGGUGUUUAAAUUACAGCUGCACUCAGUGUUCACAUUGCGACUUUAUAGCACCUCCCUGAGUGGAGAAGCACAAACUGCAGGUUCAGAGAAUGGGUCAGAAUUGAAUGUUAUACACUUACUUUUAUUUGUAUGUAAAAUACUGCUAGUUUUUAAUCAUGUUUAACAGCAUCCAUCUGAAUAAAUAUUUUCAUUAAGAAACAUUAGAACAACAGUGCGAUAAUCUCAAAGUGCAGUUGUUAUGUGGACUUUGGUUUCCUCUUUUGUAAAAAUUGUUACAAACAUCUCAAGGAAUAUGCAGGUAAUUUAAUUCAGUGUUUUGUAAUGUCUCAAUGAAUAUUAAAGAUCAUGAUGUCCCAGAUCCCAGGGUCUCAGGCCCACAACUAGACCCUCUUAUUUUUAGUGAAAGGGAGCUCAUGUGAGUUUUGGGCUUCCAAAAACUACUACUCAUUUUGGACUCAAGUUGAAUUACUCCUGUGUUGAAGAUAAUACUCCCAGUAAAAUAAGCUAUUGUGAUAAGCUGGUCAUAUUCUCAAGGAUGUUUGGUGGAUUUCUGUUUUCAGCCAUUUGAACUGAAUAGAGAUGUUUGCACUGUAACUACAGAUCUGUGAAAAGGUUGCAUCUGUCCGUUCUUAUCUUAGCAGACUUUUAUGUUAACUUUUAUUUUAAAAAAUAGGGGCCAUGAGUUUUUGUCUUUCAUUUCUUUCCUGUUUCACUCUUUUGUUUUUAAAAUGUGGGACCUGAGGUGAACCUCUCUGCAUUAAAUAGUUUUAUAAUACAGUGUUAUUGAAUGGAAAUAUUUAAUCAGAAAGAAUAAUACAUCUCUUUUAC